AUGGCGGCACAGGUCAGAUGGGCUCCCUGCAAGCAUCAUGGAAUGCUCCUAGCUCUACAGCCCUUCCGAGGUCCCAGGUGGCCAACCCUACUGGGGCGGAUGUUCAUGGGGCCCCACUUUUGCUUUGCUGUGGCAAGGGCUGGCAGGGAUGCCACUCACCCUAACAGACGCUGCAGGGCAACUGAUAACCAGCUCCGCAGAGCUUAUCAUGCCUCAGCUCUGUCAACCAGGUUGGCGUGCACUGAUUCCUUGUUGUUGCUUUAUUUAGAAGGCCUGCGGCAGGAUUUGGCUUCAGAAGCCCCAAGUGAUGAGAUGGCUGAGAUGCUCCAUGUGGCAGACAUGUUACUGCGGGUUACCAGUGCACAAGCCCGGGCCCUUGGUCAGUCGAUGGCCUCCAUGGUCCAGGCACUGCGCAAAGUCUGGCUGUCGCAGUCUAAUCUGUCCCACCAGGACUACAUUGCUGUGGUGGUGGCUCCAGUGGUGCCUGGAGAGGUCUCUGGUCUGCCCUGUGAGGUGGCCUUUAAACAGUCCCAUCGGACGAGGGAGCUGACGGGCCCUGUGAGGGAUGUGCCACCCUCACGCUUGCGCUGGGGUCAUGUGUCCUUUCCGGCUAGUUCUACGGCCUCCAGGGCCACCCUUGCCACCCAGGAUUUUCCAGCAAGGGGCAAUCUGGCCCACCAACGUUCCUUUCGUGACGACCGCGGUGCAACCGCUCGCCUUGAGGGCACAGACAGACCUCAGUCAGCUGGUGGUCGGGCCCAUUGCUGA